GUCGCGAGCGAGCAGCAGUGUGUGAAUGUGGCAGCGAGGUGAACAGGGAGGGGUGGACUCACUCUGACUCCUUUCUUUUUACAUUUUUAUCCGCGUACACCACCGUUAGUUCACGGUUUACGUGCCGGCUCGGCGGUGAAGUUCUCCGCGGGGCAGAAACCUCGUCCGCCGCUGUUUUUCUCCGGGAGUAACCGCUGCCGCUAACCGAGGAAACAGCCCCGAGAAAGAAGGAGAAACAACAUGGGGCGAUGAUAAAAGAAGAACAAGGUGUUUGUGUUGUGAGCCGACGAUGACUCCCUGGGGGGACCCGUGAAGCUUAUUUAUUUUUAUUUAUUCCCCCCCUCUCUUCCCUUUCCCCCUUUCUUUUUUUCUCUUGUUUUAUUUUUGCGUUUUCUCCUCCCUUGUUUCUCUGUGGAGGGCUAUUAGCUUAUUUAUUUUUUUUGGGGAGGAGGAGAAGGCUAACCAGGACUGGAGGAUGGACCAAGCCGGCAUCCUGAGAAAGUUUAUCCAGGGGGUGAAGGCCAUGAGCGAGGGGGACGAGGACAGGGGAGAGGACAACUUCGGCAACGACUUCAUGCGGUUACGACGGUUAUCCACCAAAUACCGGACAGAGAAGAUCUACCCCACCAAUGUAGGAGAGAGGGAAGAGAAUGUAAAGAAGAACAGAUACAAGGAUAUACUGCCAUUUGAUCACAGUAGAGUGAAGGUGAUGCUAAAAACAACCAAUCAGGACACAGAUUACAUCAAUGCUAACUUCAUCAAGGGUAUGGAUGGCCCGGAGGCCUAUAUCGCAACUCAGGGCCCACUGCCGAACACUGUCAUCGACUUCUGGAGGAUGAACUGGGAAUACAAUGUCGCUGUUAUUGUAAUGGCCUGUCGAGAGUUUGAGAUGGGAAGGAAAAAGUGUGAACGAUAUUUCCCGCUGCUGGACGAGGAGCCCAUGAGUUUUGGUCCUUUCAGAAUCUCAUGUGAGUCAGAACAAGCCAGAACAGACUACUUCAUCAGGACGUUGACGGUAGAGCAUGAAAAUGAAACUCGGAGGAUAACACAGUUCCAUUACAUGAACUGGCCGGAUCACGACGUCCCCUCAUCGUUUGACUCCAUACUGGAUAUGAUCGGACUAAUGAGAGAAUACCAAGAGAAUGAUGAUGUCCCAAUAUGUAUUCACUGCAGUGCAGGCUGUGGGAGGACGGGUGCAAUCUGCGCUAUCGACUACACAUGGAACCUCCUCAAAGCUGGGAAAAUACCAGAAGAUUUUAAUGUUUUCCGGUUGAUCCAAGAAAUGAGGACGCAGCGGCACUCUGCUGUUCAAACCAAGGAGCAGUACGAGUUAGUUCACAGAGCGAUCGCUCAGCUCUUUCAGAAACAACUGCUGCUACUGGAGAGUCCCACCAGCACGAAGAUACACGAUGGCAUGGAUGAGAGCAGUCCAGACAAAGCAAGCCGCCAGUCAGACGAUGAAAGAUGGGACACACCACCUCCCAAACCUCCCCGCAUACGCAGUUCCCAGGCAGAAGGUGACGUGAAGGAGGAGAUUCUUCAGCCCCCGGAGCCUCACCCCGUACCCCCCAUCCUGACCCCCUCUCCCCCCUCAGCCUUCCCCACUGUCACCAAUGUACGGCAGGACAAUGACCGCUACCACCCCAAACCUCUCAUACAUGUCCUGGCUACCACACAGAACAAGGGCGUGGACCAGCAGCAGAACCAGUCCGAGCCCAGUCCAAACAAACAGACCAGUCCCUCUGAGCAGAAAGACCAAGAUCUCAAAAGUCAAAAACAGCAGACCCAGGUCUCAAAUCUGGAUCUCAAUGACAACUACAACAACAAGUUGUCUUCAGCAUCAACAAAAUCAGAUUCGGGCCAAAGCCAGACUCCCUCCUCGCCGCUCUCCCCUGUUGUUGAAUGUUCCGGUGCUCCUCGAAUCGAGAGGAAACUCAGCAUCGAGAUUAAAAAGGUGCCGUUGCAGGAAGGACCUCGCAGCUUUGACACUUCCUCCUCAAUGGGAGUUGCAGGCUGUGGCCCACCCAACAACUCGAGCAUGCUGCAAAGAGGUCACGCCUUCAAAGCCCGCUCUGGCCCAUCCCUGCUGACGUCGAGCUCCUCGUUGUCGGAGGACUCGGGCACGGAGGGAGGAGCUGGUGGGGAGAGUCACGCUGAUGGAGGCGUCCUCCUCAGACCAAACCACCUUCCUGUGAAGAGCGGAGAGAAGGGGGAGGUCACGGGAGCGGAGCGGGUCGAGGUGAAGGCGAGCCACGCUCCGUGGUCUCAGGCCUGCAGCAGCCCAGAGAAACAGUUCCCAAAGACGUCCUCCUCUUCCUCCUCCUCAGACCGAGUUGCCCCCUCUUCCUCCUCCUCGUCCCACCUCUCCUCAUCCUCCUCUUCCUCCUCCUCCACUCCCGUUAGGACUGCCCUGAGUUUCACCAACCCCCUGCACUCCGAUAACUCGGACGAGGAGGGGGAUGGAGAGAUGUCUGGAGGAAAGGAGGGCUACCGCACUAAUGUAUCCAUGGCGACGGCCACGGUAACUACAUCCCCUCAACACGGAGACCAGCAGCCAGUCAGGAAGGUGCUGCCAAUGUCGAUCGCAGGGCACAGCUCCCCCUCACCCCCUGCAACCACAGCAAACCCUCUGGAUGUGAGGACUUCGGCCUCCGCUGAAUGGAGCGGCUCACCUACAGAUGUGUCAGACCGCGUUAAGAAGACAUCACCGGCUGACCCUGCAUCUGCCACAGCAACAGACAGCAAGGCAGACCUGGGUGGGGUUCGGUAACCGCUGCAUCCAGCCCAAAGGCCCUCGAGAACCCCCCCUGGAGUGGACAUGAUGGCCGUCUGCCCGUCCACCAACAGUGUCCUCGCCUGUCAGGAGACAGACUCUGCUGAUCACACCUGGCUGGUCCAAAAAAAAAGUUGAUAGAUGCUACACAGACAGACAGACAGCACAGUGUUACAUAGAAGCGCCUUCUGUGUGACUCUGUGCCAACAGCUUGUCGAGACUGAGCGCCUCCUCCUCCUCAGUCCUUCCUUCAAAGUGCCACUGUGCAGAGCUGAAGAACACUCACUGUUUAAGUGGCUUGUCCAUUUUAGAACAAAGCCCACAUUUUCCUGCUCAGCUUGCUGAUGCUAGAGGUUUCUACAUCUCGACACGCUGACCUGGGAUCAGUCUGGUUAUUUCCCUAUUAAUGGUUAAAGCAUAAUUCCUGUUUUUUUUAUUUUGGUGACUUGAGAGUAGAUUAAGAAAUGGUCUUGUUUUUUCUCUCUGAGCUGGAGACACAUCACGAAGAUUUGUCCGUUCUUACGUUGAAUGAAGAGGAAUGUAGGCGUAACCCUCACGUGUUAAAAUGAAAAGUGUUCCCCUCAAAUUUAGAGGAAAAAUACUUUGGUUCAUACCAAAUGAGAAAAGUAACAGUUUUUGUCCUCAAUCAGGAAUUAUGUUUAAUCACAAAAACUACUGUGGGAAGCUGAUCCCUGAGGUUUUACUGGACUCCCAGGUGUCUGCUUCCUCCUACUGAAUGAACAACAAUCUUCAAAGCGAACCGAGAUAAUCUGUAACCCAUGAUGCAACCUUUUCUGUUGGGUAUUUACAGGUUGCCAGGGUGCUCUCUCUCUCUCUUUCUCUAUAUCUCUCCCUCUUUCUGUGUGCUGGUGCUACAUUAUAACGGAUCAUCGUAGAAACGUAAAGAUUAGCGCUGUCCUGCGUUAGCUGCAGUAACAUCAGCUCUAGUCUCUCACAUUUCUAUGCUGACCUCCCUGUUUACCAGAGGAAUGAGGCUGACGUGGUUUGGUCAUUGUAGUCGACUUUCGUAGGUUUAUUGGUUCCGGAAUCGUGAAUCUUUGUGGCUGUGAAAUGAAUAGUUAUGGAUUUUGGGAUGUUUGGAGUUAGAUGAGGACAUUACAGCUGUAAUCGGAUUCUUUUCCACCUGUUUGAUUGGAGGUUCUUACCUCGAGAAGUUGCUUCCAGACUUUUAUUAUCACCUCUACACUCCUAAGAUUGAUCCAGUGAUAUCGUAGCUGAAGAACAAGCUCAAGAAUUUGUGCCCAGAAGAGCUAACAGCCCUGUUUAAUAACCUCAAACACAGUAAUGACCAAACACCUCAUCAGCCCUGUGACUCUGGCUCUCACUGCUGGGACCAUGAGCCUGCCUUACUCCACCCCCCCCUCCUAAUUUGGCUCUUCUCUUAAAGUAAUUUCUCUCUUUGUUGUUGUUUGGGCGUCUCCUGGUCUUAACUUGGGACUCAUAUUUGCUGUUUUAAUUUCCUGUUGCUGCUUUUCUGUUCUCAUUCUCGUCGUCCUGCUGGCGCGGCCCUCAGAUGAUCGACCAUGCACGCUUUUGCUUCAGCGGCCGGUUUACUCACAGUAGACCUCCUCGUUUGGAGCUAUGAAUGUCACUCAUCAUGUAAAACUCAUGAAACUAAAAUGCAACUUGUUUGGUUUCUCAUCUGACGGCCAAGUCGUUCUUCACCUGCUUCUGCAUUUGUGAGACAAUGAUCCGUUCAGACCUAAGCAGCACGGGACCCAGGACUACUGUUUUCUCCAGAUUUGAAUUGAUCUCUGCUAACUUCUCCUCCAUUAGCUCCCGUUACUAUACAGUAUAUGCAUUUUUUAUAAAGAUAAAGAACUGUACAGGGCAGUUUAGGUAUAUAAUAUUUCAGAUUUUUGUUUUUGCUUAAAUAUUAUUAACAGAAGAUGUAAGAAAGUCAGUGCAUGAUGAUGAUGAUGAUGAUGAUGAUUCCUCCCCUCUACACGAUGUUUCCCUUCAAACUGUAAAUUAUUCUUCUGCCCUUUGGUUUCCUCCUCUGUCAAAUGUUUCAGGGUUGUUUUAUUUUUUACUUUUAUGUUCUAAUUAUAUUCUUAAAAAGAUUGAUUUUUUGUUUUGUUUUGUUUAAAUCGGUUGGCAGAUGAAAAGAAUAGAUUGCCAACUGGUCACCAUUCAAAUAGCAACAACGGGCUCCUAAUAAGAUUGUAAUAAUAAUAUUAAUGAUGACGAUGAUAAUAAUAAUAAUAAUAAUGGUCGUUUUCUUUUUUGUAAAUGGUAUUUUAAAGUUAUUUUUGUAUAUGCGGUUGUUUGUUGCAUCACAAGUUCACUGCUCCUCAUCCAAACCCCUGCUUCUCUCUCGUCAAAUAAUCUCUCUGCCUCUCUGUCUCCUCUUCACACGUUUUCAAUCUUUCAUAGAUUCCUCUUCUGUUGUUCUUCCCUCUCCAAUUUCUCUCUUUCAUCUUCCUCCUCUUCCAUCCUCAUUCAUGCCUUUUUACUUUUUGAAAGGCUGCUGUCUUCAACACAUCUGCUCACUUUGGUAAUGCAUCUGUUAACUGUUCAGCGGUUCAAAAACAAAACACGCCCUUUGCUCGGUAACAUGUGGAGAGGAGAUGUUCUUUUUCACUUUUUUCAUCCUUUCCCAUCUUUUCCUCAGCUUCCUUCUCUCUCCCCGCGUCAGCCGCACACUCGCCUCAAUCUCAGAAAAAGAGCCCACCUGUGCCUUUAAGAGAGAGCUCGCCCCUCCCCUCGUCCCCUCUCCUCCAAUCAUCGUUAGUGGCGUGAGCGUGAGUGAUAUGAUUCGCUGCUGCUUGCUCAUUGCCUCCCGUGGGACUCUCAUUCAGCCACGCCCCUUGUCCUGUUACUGUCACAAACACACACACUUACUCCCAAAAUGUUUGUAUGUUGCAGAAAUCAAUCAGUAAAAAUGAACGUCAAGUAAUGAAGCGCCUCUUUUUUUCUCUUCUUUGUACAAGAUAACAAAAAUGCAUGUGUGCGUGUGUGUGAGAGAUGUACAGUAUGUAUUCAUAUUGGACCAGUCCGGUGUUUAAUAAAUCACUCUGACUUGUCUCUGAAGCAACAGAUUAAAAUAAUUAAAUUGAA